AUGGGCAGCGAACCGCCGCCGCCAUCGGCUGCGCCAGCAGCGAGACCUCCGUCCACCCCCGCUACCGCCGCCAAGGGAACCACCACCAGAGCGAAAAGGUCCAACACCAUCUCUGCCGCCGAUGGCACCACCACCACCCCCGCAACAGCAACAACCGCCACCGCCGCCACCAUAUCCUCCCUCGGCGAAGACCUGUUCCUCGAGAUCUUUCUCCGCCUGCCCAACCUGCCGGACGUCGUCCGUGCCGCGCUCACCUGCCGCUCCUGGCUCGGCGCCGUCCGCUCCUCCCCGUCCUUCCGCCGCCUCUUCCGCGCCCUUCACCCAGCGCCGCCCAUCGGGCUCUUCCUCGACAUCAAUGGCGCCGCCACCCCCUCCUUCGCCCCCCUGCGCCGCUCAGAUCCCGAUGUCACCGCUGCCCUCCGCCGUGGCGACUUCUUCCUCACUUCCCUCCCUGUGAAUGACGACGCGUAUACCAGCUGGGGUGUCACGGACUGCCGCGACGGUUACGUCCUCCUAUGGAACAAGAUGGUUAAGCCGCCCGUCGUCGCUGCCGUGAACCCCAUGACCUGGGCCGUGGACAUCAUCCCGGUGCCCUGCGAUGUGUGGGCUGGGAGGAGCGGGAGACGCCGCAACUUCGCCUUCCUUGGUUUCCAUCUGCUGUCUACCGAUGAGAAGCCCUCGUCCUUUCGCGUGGUCUGCGUCUGCGCUGACAAGCAAAGGGUUCGUGUUGCCGUCUUCUCGCCGGAGACGAGGGAUUGGGUCGUCCACCCGUGGGUGUACAUCGGCGGUGACAACAGCCUAAAGUCCAGCACUGGCACGCUGGUGGGUGGUUGCGUUUACUGGCCUUUUCAUGGCAAAGGGCGGAUGAUUAGGGUCAACGCAACCACCAUGGAUUUCUCCAUUGUGGAUCUACCCUUGCAAAUGAAGGUGGACGGAUCCAAUUUCAGGGCUGGGGAGACCAAGGACGGCCGGCUAUGCAUUGUCUAUGCAUCUGACGAUUUCCUCCUUCAUGUUUGGACCCGUAGUGUGAAUGCUGAUGGAAUUGAGAUUUGGGUGCUGCAGAACAUAAUCUCUUUGAGUGUAAAAAUUGACAGGAUCAUCGGGAAGCGUGCUCUGGGCUUGCAGGCCCGCCUCACGGUUGUGCAAGUUAGGUGUGGAUAUGUGUACUUGUCCAUGACAUGCAUGACACCUGUCGGCACACUGCACUGCCGGUUCUUCUCCCUUUCACUAGAGACGACGGACCUUGAGUUACUGGUCGAGGGAUGCUUUGAUGAUCGUCCCUGUCCGUAUAUUAUGGCCUGGCCUUCUUGUUUGGUUGGUGAUGAUGGGAGCACUGGACAUGAAGUUGAAGGUUCUCAUUGA